GGCAAAAUGGAAAGCCUCACAAACUUUCCGCUCGCUGCGUCCGUACUUUUAGUCGGGACUGUUUUGAUCCUGCUUUACCUAUAUCUUGCCCGAUUUCGAAACCACUGGAAGAAUCAGCACGUCCCGCAUGAAAGCUAUGCGCUCCUUUUUGGACCGAUGUUAAAGAUGCUAUAUCAGCCAUUUCACGAUAUCGACAUCGAGAGAUACAGGAAAUAUGGAAAAGUUUUCGGCAUAUUUGAAAGUGGGAGGCCCUCACUCUUUGUCGCUGAUCCCAAGUUGGUGAAGCGAGUACUUGUGAAGGACUUUUUACUGCUUCCGAACAGACGGACAACAAAGUUUCUUCAUCCGUUACUGGACAAUAUGCUGUUCGUCGUGCCAUUCGAUCGAUGGAAGGUAAUUCGCCGAAUCUCAACCCCGGCGUUUUCUUCCGGGAAACUUCGAAAGAUGAUGGUCCACGUUGAAUCUUGUACGAGAUCUACAAUUAAGCACCUUCGGGAGGCAGCCGAAAGAUGCGAAGAUUUGAAUCUCAGCCAGUUUUAUGGGAACUUCACACUGGAUCUUGUGGCGCGAUGUGCAUUUGGGACGAUGCUUGAAUCGCAUUCCGACAAAUCAAACGAGUUUGUUUCCUACGGAACAAAAGCCUUCGGAGAAGGCAUAUCAUUUGCAAGUGUGAUCUUCUUUUUAUGGCCAGGGUUGGCAAAGCUUCUGAGGUUGAAGUUCUUCAACCAGAAAACGUUGAUAUAUUUUAAGAAGCUUAGCUUGAGCGUCAUGAAUAACAGACGUCGAGAAAGAACUAAACAAGAUGAUUUUCUACAACUGAUGGUUGAUGCCCAAGAAUCAGACAUGCUAUUUGGAGAUGUGGAGGAAGAAAAAUACAGCGAUUUCGAUCAUGAUUCUCAAUUUCAGACUGACAAUGCUAUGACGUCGAAAAUUCUUAGCGAAGACGAAGCAUUGGCUCAAUGUAUGACUUUUCUUUUGGCUGGGCAAGGCACCACGCAAAUGACCAUCGCCUUCACGCUCUACCUGUUGGCAUUGAACCAAGAUGCGCAAGAGAAACUACGUAAAGAAGUUGACGGCUGCUUCGAGAAACAUGGGCCAAAUCCAGAUUGCGACGUAAUAUUCAAGCUGCAAUAUCUUCAUGGAGUUGUUUCUGAAACAUUAAGAAUGUUUCCACCGGGAUCAAGGCAUGAGCGAGAAGCCACAGAAGAUUAUGUCCUCGGCGACACGGGGAUCAAGGUGCCACGCGGCUGCGUCGUGGUUGUGCCGGUUUACGCCUUGCACCAUGACCCAGAGUACUUCCCGGAUCCGUUUACUUUCAAGCCUGAACGGUUUUACGGCGAAAAUGCAAGUUCCAUCCAGCCCUACACUUACUUACCUUUUGGUGCCGGUCCAAGAAACUGCAUUGGUCUUCGGUUAGCUCUGCAGGCGGUGAAGUUUUGCCUCUUCCACUCCAUACGGCACGCAGAAUUUGUGCGCACGUCCAAAACAAUGGUUCCCUUGAACUUUUUCAAGGGCUUCGGCAUCAUAAGCUCCUCAAAUGUGACGGUCGGAGUGAGAAAACGUAGCGUAUAAUUUGGUUCGUAUAAGCGUUUGAUAAUUGUAAAAUCCCUUUUUUUAAAUUGUGUUUUGUGAAUUGUAA